UGGAGCAGUUUAGUUGCAAAUUCAGUAAAAAAUGAAACUUCAGCGCGCUUGGAUAUUUUGCCAUGUGGUUUUUAUUUCCCUGGUAUCCCUAUCCUUGACGGAAGUCAUCAGAGAUUCUAAAACGUGCCAGGAGGGCUUCCUGGAAGCUGAUCCCGAGGACUGUGGCAGCUAUUUCCAGUGUUUGAAUGAGGAAAAUUUACACUUGACUUGUCCCGAAGGCACAUAUUUCGAGGAUAAAAAUCAAGUUUGUGUGGUGGAUGAGCUGAAAAUUUGUCCCGAAAAUGCGCCAAGAAGUUGCAUAGAGGGUCUGGUGGAGCAGGAUCCGGAUAACUGCGCCGGAUACCUCGAGUGUGUGAAUGGAGUGAUUGUGAAAGAAAAGUGUCCCAGUGGCAGUUACUUUAAUACCGUCCUAUCGCUCUGUGUGAUGGAUGAAAAUGGUGUUUGUGCCAAUGCCACGAGUCAGUGUACCGAUGGCGCAAUAUCCGCCGAUCCCGACGACUGUGCCGGUUAUUUGAAUUGUGUGAGUGGUAGACCCGAGUCCAAAAAGUGCCCCAGUGGCAGCUACUUCGAACCCGUUUAUAAGACCUGCAUCAUAGACAGCAAUGGGGUCUGCGUGCAGCCGCCGGCCAUCUGCACCGAGGGGGAAAUAAAACUUGACCCCAAUAACUGUGCAGGAUACUUGAAGUGCGUGGAUGGAGAACAAAUUGAGGAGCUCUGUCCCAGUGGCUCCUACUUCGAUGUGAAACUGCUAUCUUGUUUGGUGGACACUGAGGGUGUCUGUCUCAUAAGAAGUUUCAAAAACCUUUGUGCCAAUUGAGAUGCCAAUUUGGGAGUGUGAGGUGAGGAAAGAAUCUCAAGAAUGAAAAGGCAAAAGUGAAAUUGUCGAUCACCAGGGAAGACAAGCGAUUGGACAUGAAUAAUAAAUAAACUCGCACGAUUA